AUGAUUGCAAGGUUACUGCCUGGAUCUCACCUUUUAAUAGGAGAGCAAGCAACAAAGCAGGCAGUUCGACAGAGAAUCGCAUAAUUAAGUAAAAUCUCGCAUUCUGAUUGGUUAACGAAGCGAGGUAUUUAGUGUGGAAUUGCGAGUUGAAAACGAGGCUAAGCGAUAUUGUUUCGCAUCUACGUAACAACUAUCGUCAAAUUCUAACACAACAACAUGCAAAAAAGGUUUUCUACAAUGUCAUUUUAAAAUGUUUUCAAAACCAUUCAUUGUCACUUUUUGAAGAGUUAAAAACAAACAAAAGAGUUUUUUAAAGUGAGCCGGAGGUUCUUCCUUGUUUUGAACUGAACUACAGAUUCUCGAAGAGACAUAAAACCUCUUUCACUCGCGACAACCAGAAAACUAAGAAAAUCCUGUGAACACGGCCCAGAAAAUGGCAAUCCAAAGUUCAACCAAACAAAACGGAGAAGCGACAACGGAGGAAGUGCCGGGGUCGAUUGUCCCAUAUACAGAAGAAGAAAUAAAUACCUUCAAAGAGGACAUGGCCCCUGAAAACACGAAAAAGAGUACGUCGCUUGCAAUCGUCCUGAAUCGUGGUACUUAGAAAAGUACAAAUCAGAGCUGAACUUGAACAGCAUUUCUAAAACAUUUCAAGGUACUUACCUUAUGUCAAUCGCGACGUUAAACAUGUUAAACUUUCAGUGCUUUCGCUUGGACACUUGAUUUCUUUCAGUUUUGCCGCCGAAGAGGUAAAAGGUGUAAAUUAUUUUCCUUCUCGAGCAAAUGACCAAUUUGAAAAAAGACGUUCUACAUAAACGGCUUCUAAAUUCAGUAAAAUACCUCUAUUUAUCCUUACGAUUAGUGUGAAGCUUGUUUACAUGUAAAAAAGUUUGAAAAUAAAUGUGAAAACAAGCACAAGGUACAAAAAAAGUUGUCGAAGGUUCAAACGUGUACGACUGACCUUGCUUCCUAUUCACUAACGCAAUGACAGUUCUGACAGUUGACUUUGAAAUGGCUUUCUGGAGCGCGCGCUCAGGAUAAAAACAAACAAUAUUAUUGCUUUUUUCUUUUUUUUUCUUCUGAUUUUUAUUCAAUUAUGCGAUUCAAGGAAAAUUCAUUACCUGACUCGAGAAUUCCGCGUUAAAUUGCACUUGAAAACCGAUAUCGCACUCAUCGCUUCGCGAUUCGUGCGAUAUCGGUUUUCGCGUGCAAUUUAAAGUGGAAUUCCCUCGUCAGGUAAUGAAUUUUCCUAUAGGAUUCACUCAGUGAGUGACAUAUUUCGCUGCUCACGGUGAUGCCGAAAGAGGAGAAAAUGCACUUGCCCCUCCUAGCUCUACAGAGGGGAUUGCACACGAACCUGACUACUUACUGUCAAUGGGAGAAGUUUCAGAAGUUAGACUGACAGCCAAACUGGUAGUCCUUAAGCUGUUGUCAUACUGCGUGUGGGCAAAUAAAAGCAGAAGGCGUCUUUGGAAUCGCUCGAACAUUCUUAGGAUCGGGUUCGCGCUCAGUGUUGGCGGCUCUGGGGGCCAUAGGAGACAAUUAAAAGCAACAGACCAGUUCAUGAGCCAUUUCUACGAAAGUCUUGUAAAAGGACAAAGUGCAAGCGAAUCUCUUCACCGAGCCAUGAAGUGGAUGCGAAAUAACGGUUCCUCUAAAUGGAGGCAAUGGGCACCUUUUGUGGUUAUUGGGGAUGAUGUCUCAUUUGAUUUUUAA